AUGCAACGAUCCAAGUCUAUUGAAAGUGUUACAUCAGUAGCAUCGUCGUGUCAAGGUGGUGAAAAAAAAAUUUUGUCAACACACAUGAUUAUUCAACGUGAAAUUGAUGACAAAAUGAUGUUAUUGCCGGUGACAAAUCUGGUUAAUAUUUCAGUAACACGUAUUAAAAUCAACAAUACAGCAACAUUUAAGGUGGAUAAUAACAGUAGAAAACAAUAUCGAGGAAAGAUUAUACAGUUGGGUACCAAGGAAGUAUGCAUGGAACAACUUCAAGUUUUUGAAAUGACUGCUGGUGUUGAUCAACACAAUGAAACUGAUGAUGAAAUUCAUGCAGCAAAUGAGAACGACGGAUACGAUGAAAGAAAAAAAAGUUCUAAAAAACAAGUACCAAUAUCAUUUAAAGUACACGAUCGUAUCAACGCAGGUUCAAAUCCGGGUCUUGAAGUUAGUUCUGAAAAACAAACUACACAUAUCGUACAGAAGACACAUCAUUUAAAGUCGAAACCUUCUCAAAUCGAUGAAGGCCUAAAUGAACCAAGUAGCAACGAAGAUGAAUUAUACCGUAUUAUAACAAAUGAUUCAUCAUAUAAUAAUAUAUCAUCAACAAAAUCUAUUCGUAAAUCGACAACGAACAAGUUAAAAAAAAGCGUAAAAGAUUCUUCAACAAAUGGAUUUCAAAUUGAACAUCAACGUGAGCCACAAAGAGCUUCGAAUAGUCAAAUACUCAUCAAUUCUCAAAUUCAAAAUACCCAUAGCCGUGAAAAGGAUACGGCAGUGCUCGUCAAUUCCAACUCAGAACAAGAACAACAAUUACAUAAUAUAACUAGUAGUGACAUGUUGUGUCAAUUCGACGGUUUAUCCAAAAAAUGUAAUAAGCUGACCAAAGAAAAUGGUGAAUUACAACUUGAAUGUGAUCGUCUGACAAAAGAAAAUCAAAUCAUAAAAAAAUCAACUAUGCCGAUACCAGAUGCUGCAGGACGUCAAUGGUUUAUUAAUAUGGGAAAAUACUUUUCGAAUAAGACAGCUGACACAAACAUUGCGACACAUGCAACGAAUUUGGGCAUAGACGAUCCACGAAAUCUUGUUGCUUGUAUACAAGAUACAACUUCAAAUACAGUGCGACAAGUGGUUCGAUAUUUAUAUUCAUCUGACAAAUUAUUGACUAUGAAAGGAACAGAAGUACCAAAAGAUCGACGAUUAAUGAUUCGACAAUUUGCUGAAUCCCAGAAAGGUCCAAUAUCAAAUCGUGCUUUUAAUGAAGCCAUUAAUGGUGUAUUUCGAUCGAGAAAGUGUGAAUUGAAAGUAAAAAAGAAACAAGAAAAGAAAUCAAUAGCAACAGAACAAAGUAACAACACCGAUAAGCAAGUCAAUUGUCUGGACAAAGGACAAAAAACUUUAUUACAAACGAUGAAUAAGAAUCAACAUUCAAAAUCAAGUGAUUCUGGUUAUGAUAAAGAAAAUCAUAAUGUUGAAGAAAUUCAAGAUGACGAUGAAUGA